CACUUAAAAUAAUAUUCAAAUAAGUUUUAAGUGUAUUUUUCUUUGUUUGUAAAUUCGAAACUCAGACCUGAAUGUUACGGCUGUCAAAGUAGAUUCGUUUCCGGGUCAAGAACCUUCGAAAAAGAAUGUUCAGCCGAAUUUUUAAGAAGGAGAAAAAGGAUCCUGUUGGCGAGUAUGUUAAAUCAGGGGGGAACGAAAAGGAUGUUGUUAUAUUCAAUGCACUUGAAGUGACAGACUUUAGCUCGCAGUAUGGGAGUGAGACCAGCAUAUCUUAUACAGCAAGUAACCUAGCUGGCCGGGGAAACAUCUACCCAUCAUAUGGUGACUUCACACAGGCCUGCGUUUUUAGAACGUAUGGUCCAUGGUGGGACAUAGUACCAUCUAGUAUAAAGUCAUUCAAGAGAACACCACCAUCAUUCUGUAGUCAAGAUUAUAUAGAGUUGUCAUUCCAAAGAAAAAUUUAUCCUCUAAAGCUAGAGAUAUAUGAAACCUACAACCCAGGCUGUGUUGUGAAAAUUUUAGCUUGUGAACGAUCUGAGGACACCGAUGUUGACACAGGACAUAGUCUAACACGCUGGAAGACUUUAUGGGAAGGGGAACCAACUUUAGCUGGGCCAACUUCCAGAAUGUUCUGCCCAUCACUUGAAAAAUCUCCAUUUCCCACAGACUUGAUUCGACUGGAGUUGUGUCAUAAACUGGUACAUUAUUACACAGAGCUCGACUAUGUUGUGUUGUAUGGGACAAUAUCUCAAGAAGAAGAAGAAGAAAAAACAAUGGUUUAUUCCCGGUGUUUGGUGUCUGAUAAAGAAGGGGAUCACAUGACACAGGUCUCCAUGGCAAUGACGCAAUUCGAAAAUUUAAAUAUCGGUUCAAAAUCUGGUUCCCCGCCCAGAUCUGAAGUCUCAACAAGUCAAGAGGGAUCCAGUCAAGGGAAAUCAAAAACAUUAGAGAUCUUCAGUAACAAUAAAUUAGAAAAAGGAAGUGAAUGUUACGAACUUGGGGAAGUGAAUGUACUGGGGGAAAUGAUAUCACAUGGAGAAGUGAAUCAACAGAUAAGUGAGGAGUUUGAACCAGAAUCUGACAAUGGAUUCUUUGAUUUAUUACCAGAAGAGGUUAUUCAGGUAAUCUUGAGUUUUCUAGAUGUGUUAUCACUAUGCAGAGUGGCUAGAAGUUCAAAAUUAUUAUACAAACAUAGCUACGACUCACUGCAGUACACAGAAUUGAACUUACAACCUCACUGGCCUCAGGUAAAUGACAUUGCAUUAGAAAGUCUUCAUAAUAGAAGUAGGUUUCUUCAGAGACUUAACCUGUCCUGGUGCCAUGGAAAUAUUGUUUCUGAGGACUCUUUUUGUAGAUAUAUCAAAGCAUGCGGUCAAAAUUUACAAGAUCUUUAUCUAUCCUCAUGCAGUUUUGUGACACAGAUUUCUAUACAUGAGAUAUCUCAAAGUUGUCCGAAUUUGAAAGAGUUGGAUAUAGGUAGUUGUAAGGAGAUUGUAAGCAAUGGUUUUUAUGACAUAUCAAACCUGAAACACCUAGAAAGAUUAAACCUUUACAGAACUAAUAUAGACCAAGAUGCAUUACUGCGUAUAAUUAGGUCAUGUACAGAAUUAAAGCAUCUGAAUUUAGGAUCAACAAACUGUGUCCAUGUUUUUGAUGAAAUACUUUUAGCAAUAGGUGAACAUACAAAAAAAUUAGUCUCCCUUGAUGCCUGGAGAUGUAGAACAGUUUCUAAUGUAGGGGUUUCAGCAUUAGCUGGGGGUUGUUCACAUUUAGAGGAACUGGAUUUAGGAUGGUGCUCUGAUGUCAAAUCUUCAAGUUCAUGCCUUAUAGAACUAGUGAAAAAUUGUCCGAAUUUGAAAAAGUUGUUUCUAACUGCCAACAGAACGGUUUGUGAUGCUGACCUACUGGCAAUAGCUACAUACAGUAAACACAUGGAACAGUUAGACAUCCUUGGUACCAGGCAAGUCACUGCCGAUGCUGCUCAAAAGGUUUUGGAAAAUUGUGCCAAAAUGACAUUUUUUGAUGUAUCAUUCUGCUCAGGGAUAGACAACUAUACCGUGGAACACUGGCUGAGAGAAUUUCCUCAUGUGGCAAUAAAAAAAAGUUUCCAAAAUUAGAAGAAAAAGAUGAUAUUUUAAAUGAACUUAGAAUGCAUUAAUUUUAUUUUGGUCAGCCUUAAAAGUUGAUUUGCAGUUUCUUAACACACUCAUUAAAGAAACUCUGUUAACUUUUUUUACAAGUUUGAAAAUUUAUUUUUUAUGAUCUCAGCUUCUAAGGGCAUAAUUAUAUGAUUGUAUCUUACCUGGUCACACGGUUAAAAAAUUUAUUUCUCAGACUGCUAAACAAAUUUUUACUUAAUUAAAGGCCCAUUACGUCCCCGAAAAUGGUUUUAUUUUUAUUUCUCAAAAGUUUUUUAUAUUUGGUGUUUUCUGUUUUAGUUUCUAAAAACAAUACUCAUUGGCCAAUUACCUGAAUCAUAUUUUGCUUUUGUUACUUGCUGGGAAUUAGAAAAGUUAUAGAGAUUAAGAAUUUUGUUUGGAAAUCAAAAUACUACUUUGUUUACAUUUUGCUACUUUUAUUACAGCUAAUUUCACAUUCAGUGCUACUUUCUUAAGGUAAUAAGCAUCUUACAUGCUCUUAAACGAUUAUUCAAUAUAUUUGAAAAUUCAUGUUUGUCCUUUCAAAAGAAGGUAAAAUAUAUUCUGAGGCAUAAUGUGCCUUUUAAGUAUUCUAAAAAUAGCAUUUUCAGUCACUAGCUUGGCGGCCCACGGCCAGUGUAAAUUAGUUCGGGGCAGUGAAAAUUUUAAGAAAAUUUAGUUAAAUAUAUAGUAGAAUAAAUUCAAAACUGAAAUUCGGAAUCUUAAAUUCAUUGACUGCAUUUUUCAAUUUGAUGUACUUUUUGUUUCUAUUACUUUAGUCUAUUAGCAAUGUUAUCUUGUGUCCAUCAGCCUACCGUCAGCUUUUCACCCUUCGUACAAGGUUAAAUCAAACUUGUUUUGUGUUUUUGUCUGUUAAUGUCAAUUUUGUUCUGUUUUUUUUACUAUGAUAAAUACAAUGACAUUUUCACCUUGCAUGUGACAUAUUUAUGUUUUUUAGCAGUUUUAUCUUAAUUUUAUCAUAAAGAGAUAAAACACUUAAUAAUCAAUUUCCAUAUUAACCGUCUGAUAUUUUAAGUGCUUAAGUCAGGGAAAUUCUAUAUAACAGCAUGGAACAAAACUAAAAUUCUUGCCAAUAAUUCAUUAUUGGAAAAGUAAUAACAUUAGUGAGACAAAACUAGGAUGCCUGUGAUGAUAAUUAUGUUUACAUUUUAAAUUCCAGGCAUAUAUUCAUACUUUGCAAAUGGUGUUUAAAGAACAAAGGGAAGUAACUUAUACUGAAAGUAGUGUCUAAAUAACAAUGGGAAGUAACUUAUUAUUGCAUAUUAAUAAUAAUCGCUUGACACAUUUUUCAUACUUUGCAAAUGGUGUUUAAAUAACAAAGGGGAGUAACUUAUUCUGAAAGUGGUGUCUAAAUAAGAAAGGAAGUAACUUAUAUUUUCCUAUUAUUGCAUAUACAGGCAUGAUCACUUUUAUAAGUUGUACUUUUCCCCAUGUCAUAUUUUAUUUCUUUCAUUUUGUUUUCUAAAUUUAUAGCUUUGACCAGUCUUCUAUAGUUUUUUGCCAGUCAUUUACAUAUGGUAAACAAGGUAAACAAUAUUUUGUGUGUGUUUUACUUACAUGAACAUGCAGUGAGUUCAUGCUAUCACAUUGCUUAAUACGAGUGUUGAUUGAUGAAUAUGCAGAAUUUUUUCUAUUAUUUCUUAAUCAGAUUAUCAGAUCUCAAGAAAAUUUUGAUUUAAGUUAAACAGGUUGUCGCCACUGUCAUUAUCAGGAAGCUGAAUAGAUAUAUAAACAGUUGUCAUGGCAACAUUGCAACAACUAUUUUGUGAUUUGAAACAAGCUGUUAUUUUGUUUUCUCACUUAUUCGGAAUUCAUGCUGUUGCUGAGUUAAAAAUAUUUUUUCAACACAAAUUUGGCACAAAUUCUACAAACCUUAGCAAAACUGGUAGUUGGUUUACAGUGGAAGGUAUUGCCAAGCAACUAUCUACCUCAUAGUACACAGUGCGUUACAUAUUAUUACUGUAAAGCUAGUUAUCACAUAAACCGCAGGGCAGGAGUGUAAUAAAGCCAUUUAAUAAAAAUUAUAUUACACUAGACGAUAUUACACAAGUGUAAUAACACUUUGAUGUGACGUCAUUUGCAAUUCAAAUAUAGCGUUUAAGCACGCUAAUGUUAGCGUUACACUAUAGGCGCGUCAAAGAAAAAAGACUUUAGUUAACAGUUUACUGUUCUUAUUUCAUAUAUGUGAUCAAUAGAAUAUUACAUUCGUGAAGUUCAAUACUAACUUUAUUGAACUGGUUGAUUAAAACAAUUUUAUGCUCGCCAGAUGCUCGCAUAAUAUGAUUUUAUUAAACUUGUUCAAUAAAUUUAGUAUUAAACCUACACUCAUUCAAUAUCCUCUAUAUAUUGGUAUACAAACAUAAAAAGUGACCCAAGGCCCGCAAAUUUAUCAAUCGGCUCUUGUACGUGUAUAUUCCAGCCGCAUUUUGACAAAACCAACAUAAUGGGUUUGCCAUCAGCAUGGAUCCAGACCAGCCUGCGCAUCCACGCAGUCUGAUCAGGAUCCAUGCUGUUCGCUUACAACUCUAUAACAAGUAGAGAAUUUGAUAGCGAACAGCAUGGAUCCUGAUCAGACUGCGCUGAUGCGCAGACUGGUCUGGAUCCAUGCUGAUCGCAAACUCAUUAUGUUGGUUUUGUCAUGACGCGGCUCAUUUUCUGUUAAUUUUUAAGAUGUUGCCUUAUGGCAUGUACAGCGUCCAGGCAUUCCACUGUGAUAUUUGAUAAGGAAUAUUUUGUAAAUAUGUUUUAUUUGCUCCACAUUGCAUUUGAGACGGCAAUUUUUAAUGUUUUGUUUUACAUAUUAUUUAUACAUGUAAAACAAUGUUAGUUUUUGCAUAAAAUAGAAACCAAAAUGAUAUAAACCUCUUUCAAUUGACAAAAAAUGUCAAACAUUCACAAUUUAUCUAAACUUGAAACUUCCCGAAAAUUUGUGAAGCUUUUUUCAAUCCAGCUCAUAUUUUUAGACAUUUAUGAAUUUUAAAUUAAAUAAAAAACCCUUUAUAUUAGUGCACUUUCUUUAGGAAGUGACUGUUUUGAUGGGUUUGUGAAAUUUUCCCAGUUUUCUUAUGGUUUGAUAUGACUUAAUUUCCCCUUUCAAAAGGCAUUAAAUGUUACAAAUUAAAAAUGUUGCAAAAAAAAAUCUUUAAAUGAAAGUCACUGUUACAUACACACAAUACCAGUGGUGUUGACAGUGUAUGACCUCUUUACCUGUUACUGCUAUACAUGUAGGUUUGAAUCCCACAAAAGAUGCUUCGAAAUAUUUCUUGUGUGAAAAGCUAUCCAGCUAGCUUACAGAAUGUCAUUGGUUCUACUCGGGUGUCCAUUUGUGACUGAAACAAUGCACAAAGUGGCACCUGAGGUCUCCCUCCACCAGAAAAGCUGGAAAGUGGCCAUAUGACCUAAACUGCAACAUAAAUCUCAAUCAAAAGAAAAAAAUGUCAGGAAGCUAUGGUUUUGCGACAUAGCAAUUGAUGAUUUUAUUCUUGUGUCUGAAAUUAUAUCAAUUAAUUAUUAUUUUUGUAUUGGAACCAUGUUUAAUGUCUGAAACUGUUUUUACCAAUAGGAGAGAGCUAGGUUAUGUGUAAGGCUUUAAAUAUUAGUGCAUUAUGUUUUAUGUAUACUCAAUGUAUUGCAAUUGAUAUUUUAUGUAUUUGUUAAGUAUUAUUUAAUUGUUAAUUAGCUAAGAAUAAUAUUUAUUAUUUAGUGUGCAAGAUCACCUUUGAAAAUACAAGGCAUUAAAAUUGUUAUACCUUAA